AUGUUAAAUAUUAGCAUUUUCGGGCUAUUAGCCACGGCAUCGAUGGCUCGGGCCCUUACACUUGAUGAAGUUUGCACCCUUGCUCAUGUCAAAGAUUCCGUUCCAAUCCAGGGCUUUCUCCCGGGCCUCAACACUACAGAUUCGAUCGUCACCGUGAAUCCGGUGUACAAUGUCUCCGUUUCAGAUGAGCCAUAUUAUCCCGAUGCUACGUUUGAGUAUUGCAAUGUGACGAUGACUUACUCUCACAGUGGCAAAAGUGACAACGUCUUGCUCAACUUCUGGCUUCCUUCGCCCGAGAACUUCAAAAACCGCUGGGUUUCUACCGGUGGUUUCGGCUUCGCAAUCAAUGUUGAGUCAACCCUUCCCGGUGGUGUCAUUUACGGAGCAGCCACUGGACGAACAGACGGUGGCUUCGGGGGAUUUGAUACUAGUUUCGACGAUGUAUUCCCUCUGGUCAAUGGGACCUCCAACCAGGAUGCACUGUUCAUGUUCGGCUACCAGGCUCAUCAUGAAAUGUCGUCUCUGGGUAAGGCUUUUACCAAGACGUUCUAUGGUCUCACUGAUGAGAAUAAGCUAUACGCAUAUUAUCAAGGCUGCUCCGAGGGUGGCCGUGAAGGCUUCAGUCAAGUACAGCGCUUCCCGGAUGAGUGGGAUGGCGCCGUGAUUGGAGCGCCCGCCAUUCGCUACGGUCAGCAGCAGGUCAACCAUUUGUUCCCGCAGGUGGCUCAACAGACCUUGAACUAUACCCCGCCGUAUUGCGAGCUCGAGAAGAUUGUCAAUCUCACUAUUGCUGCUUGCGAUCAUCUUGAUGGGAAGAAGGAUGGUGUCGUCAGCCGCACCGAUCUUUGCAAACUUCGAUUUGACUUCAAUUCCACUAUUGGACAAAGCUAUUACUGUUCUGCGACCUCUGCAGUCAAUCAAAGGAAAAGACAGAUGCCUUCUCCCGCCACGCCUGCUCAAAAUGGAACAGUCACGGCCGAAGGCGCAGCUCUCGCGAGCACGAUCUACAACGGACUUCACGACAGCGACGGUCGUCGUGCAUACUUCUGGUACCAGCUGGGAUCGGAGAUGUCGGACGCCGAAACCCAGUAUGAUUUUACCUCGGCAAAAUGGAAAAUCGACAUCUCGGAGCUUGGUGGUGAGUGGGUGACACGCGGGCUACAGCUUCUGGAGCUAGAUAAUCUCUCCUCUCUCGAGAACAUCACCUACGAUACCUUGCGGGACUGGAUGCUUGAGGGCUGGCAGCGGUAUGACGAUGUCCUGCAAACGACUUGGUCCGAUCUCAGUCCUUUUGAAGCAGCCGGUGGGAAGAUCAUUUCCUAUCACGGCGAAUCGGAUGACAGCAUCCCCCCUGCCUCCUCCGUUCGCUUCCAUGAGUCUGUUCGGUCCACAAUGUAUUCCAACCUGAGCUUCCAAAAGAGCACCAGCGCCCUGAAUGACUGGUAUCGGUUGUUUUUGGUCCCGGGAGCCUCACACUGCAAUACCAAUAGUCUGCAGCCAAAUGCUCCUUUCCCUCAAACCAGUCUCGGCUCCUUGAUUGAUUGGGUUGAACAUCAAGAAGUCCCCAUCACUCUGAACUCCACCAUUCUGAGUGGAGACAACAAGGGUGCUCAUCAGGAAUUGUGUGCAUGGCCGUUGCGCCCUCUCUGGAAGGACAAUGGUACAAGUAUGGACUGCGUUUUCGAUCAGGAGUCCUUUGACACUUGGGUCUAUGACCUCGAUGCCUACGCUUUACCCGUUUAUUAG